GUCUCGGCCAGCGCAAUGAGUGAUUCCAGACAACGAGAAGGAGGCAUAUACCUCCACUUUGAGAAUGCCGGCGACCAUGAAACUACUACUCGUGGAGAGCAGAUUCUGAAUCGGUAUUCACGUCACCUGACUACAGGUCAUGACUUCCCAGGAGCCCAGGCAAUGCUUUAUGCGGCGGGUGUACCCAAUGAGAGGGCAAUGAAAACCGCACCGCAUGUUGGGAUUGCAAGCGUGUGGUGGGAAGGAAAUCCUUGCAAC